AUGGCCGCCGCCACAGCCCUCACCACUCUGCUGCCACCGCUUCCCCCGGUCGACUUCGCCUCUCUCUUCCCUCCCGCACUUUUGAUACAUAUAUCUCACCUGGCGCUACUCUACUGGGACGAUCCUCAAGCCUCUGCACCUCAUUUCUUCCAUACCGCUCACCUCUUUCAGCGCACAAGCUUUUCACCCCAUCGUCAUUUUUCGAAACAACUACUCCCAAUCGCAGAAGUCUCCUGCGCGGCCUAUCUACAAUCAGCCACCCCCACCAUUUCACACAACCCUCUCUCCCCAAUGGAACUGUCACCAAAGCCCAGCCGCUCCUCGUCGACCUCGUCGCGCCGCGGCAUCAACCUGACGCUCGACCUGUCGAACCUGCCACCGCUCGAGCAGCCUACGCCGCCGUCUAACACCCUCCUCUUCACCAACCUCGACAACGUCGACAUCUUUCGCGCCGACAAGUUGCAGUCCCUCCGCGACCUUAUCAACCGCACCGCCACCAUCCACGCUUUCGCGCCACUCAAGUCGUUCCGCCGCAUAGUCGUCUCCUUCUACGACGUUGAGUCAGCCGUCUCCAUUCGCAAGGUCUGGGACGGCGAGGCCAUCAUGGGCCAGCGCGUUCGCAUCUACUUUGGCCACCCCACCCCAGUCCAGUCGAAGCCCGACCACCUCGCGCUGCCCGACGCUGGCAAGCUCUUCUUCAUCUCUCCGCCCCCGAGCCCGCCGCACGGCUGGGAGGUCCGCCUCGAGGACGCGCCCAACAAAAUGGUCCAUGCCGACGACCUCGCCGAGGCCCUCGCCCGCCUCGGACAUGGCCGCGCUGGCGGCAGCCGUGCCAGCUCCUUUGACUCGCCCAUCACACCCGUCGACGGUUCUGGCGCUACUGUCGGCCGCACGAGGAGUCGCAGCUCUACCCUCAUCUACCACCCUGAGGAUCACGGAAGAAGCUCAGGCCUUCCCGCCGUCUUUGUCGAGGACAUGACUGACGAACCGGAGGAGAUGUCACCACUGGAGGCUAAGCCCAUCAUGGCGCACACCUCUCGGCCACCCGUGGAGCUCAUGCACGAGGUCUGA